AUGAUUUCGCGAGAGCAAUCGACGCGCUUCCGCGUCGAGGAUCUCGCCGAUCCUCCUCGGACCCCAGAGAACAAAACCAAAUCUGCGUUUCUCGAUAAAGCUUGGGACACUGACUCCUCCGACGGUAUGCCUGAAAUUUCCGAUUUCGAAAAGGAGCGAUUGGCGAACAUCGCCGAGCGCGAUGCACUCCUCAAGCAACUUGCGCUCGAUAACAAAUCCGCUGGUCUUUUCGCGACUCCCCCCAAGCCCCCGGGCAGUGGUGGGCUGAAGUCAAAGAAACGUGCUCCACCCAAACCUCGCGUCAAGAAAGAAGAAGAAGAAACUAUUACCCCCCGUCGCACCUCCUCCCGCCUCAAAGGAAUCACCGCCGACAGUGAAGUCGCAAAGCGCAAAGCCGAAGAUGAGUACGAUGCCUUGCGCGAGGUUGAACGCGCCAAGAGAAUUCGCCGCACCGAUUCCUUCACCCAAGCCGAUAUGUUCGUCGCUGGACAGAAGCUCACCGGAGCGGAUUUGAUUGGAGUCGACGUGAUUACCAAGGGUGUUGCAAAGCCUUAUGAGCGGACAUUCGACAGUGCCGAUAUUGAGAAGACCACCGACAAGGACUUGAAGGCGAUCCGGGAGGAAAUGAAUGCAUUGAAGCUUUGGGAAGCUUGGGAUCCUCAGCGUAUCAAGAUAACCCCGGAGCGCGUGUAUGCAAUGGCUUUCCACCCGUCUGAGUCGAAGCCUCUUAUCUUUGCCGGGGACAAGAUGGGUCACCUCGGUAUGCUGGAUGCGUCGCAGGAGAAGCCUGCUGUCAAUGAGGACGAUGAGGAGGAUGACGAUGAUCCGAACCCUGUUUUGACGACUUUGAAGCCGCACACUCGUACCAUUAGCUCGAUGAUGGUUAACCCCUGCAAGCCGACUCACCUGUACACCGCUAGUUAUGACAGCUCGAUCCGCGAACUGGACCUGGAGAGGAUGGUGUCGUCGGAGAAGUACGCACCGGAGUCCACCAACAUCGACGAGGCAGUAUCCUCUGUGGAUAUGGUAGCAGAUGAUCCCAACACUUUGUACUGGACGACUUUGAACGGCGAAUUCGGUCGUUAUGAUAUGCGCAUGGCGCUCAAAGAAAGCAACGUUUCCUCGUGGCAAUUAUCAGAGAAGAAGAUUGGCGGAUUCACACUUUGCCCGUCACAGCCUCACUUCGUCGCGACGGCGAGCUUGGACCGUUUCCUGCGCCUGUGGGACCUGCGCAAGUUGUCGUCUGAGAACCCAGUUCCCGUCGCAGAGCAUGAAAAUCGUCUGUCGGUGUCACACGCUGCGUUCAAUUCGGCUGGUCAAAUCGCAACCAGUUCAUAUGACGACACGCUUAAGAUUUACGAUGUCGGCGCAAAGGGUCUCUCGUCGUGGAAGGAGGGCCACACCCUCAAAGAUGGUCUCACCCCCGACACAGUCGUCCGGCAUAACUGCCAGACCGGACGCUGGGUGACAAUACUCCGUCCUCAGUGGCAACUUAACCCCCAGUCGCCAAUCCAACGUUUCUGUAUUGGUAACAUGAACCGCUUUGUCGAUAUCUACAGCGGUAGUGGUGACCAGCUUGCUCAGCUUGGUGGUGAUGGUAUUACUGCCGUCCCUGCUGUGGCUACCUUCCAUCGCAGCAAGAACUGGGUUGCUGGUGGUACUGCUAGUGGCAAGCUUUGCCUCUGGCAGUGA